AUGCUCCUUGAACAACUCCGCCGGAGUUGGUACGGCUCGAGUCCGGCGUACGCGCGUGUCGCUAUAACAUUCGAUUGCCUUGACGAUGAGCCCACCCCGUUCGCUCAAAGGGUUGCCGCUUCCAAACCGGGGGACGUUAUCCGAUUCACCUUAUCCGAGAUCACCCAGUACGCGACUGCAGGCGUACUUACCGAUGUCUUGUUGAUGGUCAGAGCCUUGGUUCCAGCUCCUCCAGCCAUCUGGCAGACUCGACAGGCAAGGAGGGCCGCCAUGAUCGCCUUGUCACUUGCCACGCCCCCGGCCCUUACCUGUGUCGAAUGUCGUUUACAGAGGCAGCCUUGCUACCGCAUCGCAUUGAACAGCUUCUCGACCGACACUCUCAACUCCAACAUCCGUUGUUCUGGUUGUUAUCUCAAGGGCAACCGAGCUAUACCGUGCGAGGUGCUUGUCGGAAACCUGGACAAGGAGGAUCGCCGGGAAUCUCUCUUUCUCACCGAAACGGACGCAUUCAACAAGCUACUCCGAGCCAAUCCCAUCUGUCUCGGUCAAUUCCCUGCCCCUUACAAAGACGACGAUGACGAUGACAAUGACGGCAACGCGGGCUAUUCCAACUUCAAAGAUCUCUUCACCCAUAUCUUGCGUCAACAAGACGGCAAUCGAUCGCACCAUGCCAACAGUGCGCCCGGGAGCGAGCAGGCUUUGAGAUGGGCCUGCGAUGUAGCGGGAGCCAUGGGUUGUGUCGAGGAUCUGGAUGGGGAGGGGGACUUCGAGGAUCUGGAUGGGGAGGGGGAUGGAGCUGGCGGGGGUCUUGAGGACGUGCACGGCCUUGAUUUGGCAUCGUUGCAACACAAGGCAUAUCAUGCGAUGGUACGACCCAACAUCACCUACCAGCUACUUACAAGCAAACCUCAUUUCCUGCAACCUACGCCUCUGACAAAGGCGAACCUCAAGCAGAUCGACGAGAUCAGAUCCAAGCGCGGCGGUCCGAACAGCGGCGUAGGGGCCAACAAAAAGGUCCAGAAACGAAAAGCAACAGCGGACACCUCGAGUGACCGCGAGACCAGCGAUGACCAGAGCUCCAACGAUCUUCAACCGUUCAAGAAGCAUGCCCCCGCGGCCGACGACCGCCAACCGUCCAAGCAGCAUACCGCAUCCGCCGCUUCUGAACGGGCGCUGGCGUUCUACAAGAGCCGUAUUGCAAAUCACUUUGCCCCCAAGUUCAAAAGCGACGCCGACGCAAAGGCGGCAGAGGAGUUCUUUCAUGGCACAUUCGAUUCGAUGAGGAUGGCCGUGAUGGAUCAGCCAGGGCUGGCGGAUGGCAUACAGGACGAACUGCUCGACAGGAUCUACGAUCGACUCUUUGCCAGGGCCCUUGUAUACCCCGUAUCGUCGAUCUAA